AUGAAGGAAACUUGUGAAAGGUUCAAGAUUGCUUAUCGAAAUUCUACGGUUUACCGGCCACAGAUGAAUGGAGCAGUCGAGGCUGCAAAUAAGAACAUCAAGAAGAUUUUAAGGAAGAUAGUAGACAGUCAUAGGCAAUGGCAUGAGAAGCUACCAUAUGCUUUGCUCGGUUAUCGCACCACAAUCAGAACAUCAACUGGGGCAACUCCUUAUAUGUUGGUUUAUGGUUCAGAAGCAGUAAUACCUGCUGAGGUGGAAAUACCAUCUUUAAGGAUUAUCCAAGAAGUUGGUCUCGACAAUGCAGAAUGGAUACGUAGCAGGCGUGAACAGUUGAUGCUCAUCGAUGAAAAGAGGAUGGACGCGGUUUGUCAUGGACAACUCUAUCAGAACAGAAUGACCAAAGCCUUCAACAAGAAAGUUAGACCUCGACAGUUCACACAGGGGCAGUUAGUAUUGAAGAAAAUCUUUACUCAUCAAGGAGAAGCCAAAGGGAAAUUUGCACCAAAUUGGCAAGGACCCUACAUGAUUCAUAGAGUACUCUCAGGAGGCGCGGUAAUCUUAGCAGAAAUGGACGGCAGAGUGAGCACAAAGCCAAUCAAUUCAGACGCCAUCAAGAAAUACUACAUCUGA